AAAAAACCUCAAAAAAGAAAAAAAAAGAAAAAAAAAGAAAAAAAAAUCCUGUGGCGCGCCGCCUGGUUCCCGGGAAGACUCGCCAGCACCAGGGGGUGGGGGAGUGCGAGCUGAAAGCUGCUGGAGAGUGAGCAGCCCUAGCAGGGAUGGACAUGAUGCUGUUGGUGCAGGGUGCUUGUUGCUCGAACCAGUGGUUGGCGGCGGUGCUCCUCAGCCUGUGCUGCCUGCUACCCUCCUGCCUCCCGGCUGGACAGAGUGUGGACUUCCCCUGGGCGGCCGUGGACAACAUGAUGGUCAGAAAAGGGGACACGGCGGUGCUUAGGUGUUAUUUGGAAGAUGGAGCUUCAAAGGGUGCCUGGCUGAACCGGUCAAGUAUUAUUUUUGCGGGAGGUGAUAAGUGGUCAGUGGAUCCUCGAGUUUCAAUUUCAACAUUGAAUAAAAGGGACUACAGCCUCCAGAUACAGAAUGUGGAUGUGACAGACGAUGGCCCAUACACGUGUUCUGUUCAGACUCAACAUACACCGAGAACAAUGCAGGUGCAUCUAACUGUGCAAGUUCCUCCAAAGAUAUAUGACAUCUCAAGUGAUAUGACCAUCAAUGAAGGAACCAAUGUCACCCUUACUUGCUUGGCCACUGGGAAACCAGAGCCUUCCAUUUCUUGGCGGCACAUCUCCCCAUCAGCAAAACCAUUUGAAAAUGGACAAUAUUUGGAUAUUUAUGGAAUUACAAGGGACCAGGCCGGAGAAUAUGAAUGCAGUGCGGAAAAUGAUGUGUCAUUCCCAGAUGUGAAAAAAGUAAAAGUUGUCGUAAACUUCGCUCCUACAAUUCAGGAAAUUAAAUCUGGCACCGUGGCCCCGGGACGCAGUGGAUUGAUAAGAUGCGAGGGUGCAGGUGUGCCGCCUCCGGCCUUUGAAUGGUACAAAGGAGAGAAGAAGCUCUUCAAUGGCCAACAAGGAAUCAUUAUUCAAAACUUUAGCACAAGAUCCAUUCUCACUGUUACCAAUGUGACACAGGAGCACUUCGGCAACUAUACUUGCGUGGCUGCCAACAAGCUAGGCACUACCAAUGCGAGCCUGCCUCUCAACCCUCCAAGUACAGCCCAGUAUGGAAUUACCGGGAGCGCUGACGUUCUUUUCUCCUGCUGGUACCUUGUGUUGACACUGUCCUCUUUCACCAGCAUAUUCUACCUGAAGAAUGCCAUUCUACAAUAAAUUUAAAGACCCAUAAAAGGCUUUUAAGGAUUCUCUGAAAGUGCUGAUGGCUGGAUCCAAUCUGGUACAGUUUGUUAAAAGCAGCGUGGGAUAUAAUCAGCAGUGCUUACAUGGGGAUGAUCGCCUUCUGUAGAAUUGCUCAUUAUGUAAAUACUUUAAUUCUACUCUUUUUUUGAUUAGCUACAUUACCUUGUGAAGCAGUACACAUUGUCCUUUUUUUAAGAUGUGAAAGCUCUGAAAUUACUUUUAGAGGAUAUUAAUUGUGAUUUCAUGUUUGUAAUCUACAACUUUUCAAAAGCAUUCAGUCAUGGUCUGCUAGGUUGCAGGCUGUAGUUUACAAAAACGAAUAUUGCAGUGAAUAUGUGAUUCUUUAAGGCUGCAAUACAAGCAUUCAUUUCCCUGUUUCAAUAGGAGUCAAUCCACAUUUACAAAGAUGCAUUUUUUUCUUUUUUGAUUAAAAAGCAAAUAAUAUUGCCUUCAGAUCAUUUCUUCAAAAUAUAACUAACACAUAUCUAGAUUUUUCUGCUCGCAUGAUAUUCAGGUUUCAGGAAUGAGCCUUGUAAUAUAACUGGCUGUGCAGCUCUGCUUCUCUUCCCUGUAAGUUCAGCAUGGGUGUGCCUUCAUAAAAAAUAAUAAUUUUCUCUUCGUCUCUAGUUAAUGAAAAUGUUUUGCCAAAUCCUACAAUUUGAAAGCAAAAAUAAACGACAAGAUAAAGUUGAACUAUGUCCUAUCUCUAAAGAAUGAAGGAGCUGUUAGACUAUAAAAAUCCCAUCCCUUCCUACCAGUGGGGUGUGAGGAUUUUGCCCCACAUAAAGUCAGUUUUGUGAUGAAAACAAUGUAAUUAAUAUAGUACAGGUAAAUUUAUUACCGUAUGUAUUCUUGUAGUUGUAGUUGAAUGUUGGAUCCACUUUGGGAAAUAAUUCCCUUUAAAAUGACAGCACAGUCCAUCUGAGAAAUUGCCUACCAAUACAGCAUCCUUUCCUUUCACUAUUCCAAGCCAAAAUAUUUAAGACGGUUUGUCAGAAAGAACACAAAGUCUGAUCACCUAAUAUUACAUGAGUUGGUGAGCACUCCAAAUUCGUUUGUCUCCGAGGCAGGUAAGUUGGUAUGAUAGAUACGGUGCUCCUGUAGACAGGGGCAUUUCGCAUAUCUUCCACCUGAAGACAUCACUCAGUUGAUAGUUUGGAAUGCAUGUUGUAUAAAAGAAAAUGUUCCAAAAUAUAUUGUAUCAAAUAUUCCAUGCUGGUGUGCAGCAGAUCAAUGCCUGAAAUAACUAAUUCUGCAAUAAAAUCUUUCUCCGUAGCCAUGUCAGUUCAAACAAGCAAGGCCAAAAAAACAAACAACAACAACAAAAUUACCAUGCUUUAUUUCUUCUUACAUGAUAUAUGUGAGAUGUGAUCAAAUGAAGACAAGACACCAGUGAUUAGAAUAUCUUAAGAUAUACUAAUUAUGAAAUUAUCAUGGAUACUUGUUUCUGUCAUAAAGAAUGAAAACUACAUUUUUGAAUGAAAAUGUGUUACUCUAAAGUAUUAUAUUACAAGAGUAUUUUGAUGGUUUUACUCUUUACUAAAGAAGGCCAUAACCUUGAAAGCCAUUUUACAAGUUUGACAAAAUUAUCAGUUUUACUACAUAGAGAUUUGUGCAAAUAGUCCCCUUUUGCAAGUCAUAUUAACACCAAAAAAACUACUAAUAAAGUUAGAUACAAGACACUUCAUGGAGGGUAUACAUCCUUAAAACGUCUAAUAUUUUGCCCCGAAAGAAAUGGCUUGUAAAUCCUGAUUUUUUUUCAAGUAAUGCUUAGCCCCGACGUACACCAUAAAUCUCUUUUAAUUAGAAAAAAUGAAUCCUAAAUGAGGAGGCAUAAAUAUACCGUGUUUCCACAAAAUGGCAAUAAUAUGGCAUAAUGCUAUUAAAAUUUACUCACUAUAAUAAUUCAUUACAUUAUUUUGAUGUAUUAAAUGCUUUUUUAA